AAAGGGAUGCCAUUACACAACACAAGUAGAGGCACUCUGGUAGAUAGAGAAGGGAAACCAUGGCUUCAUCCCUCACUGGUUCUUUCCAGACAUGCAAUUUUAGAUCAGUAUUUCUUGGUGAGACGAGCGGAAUGCAUGUGUGCAGCACUCCCACGACUCGAAUAGGCUUUCUAAGAAAAGCGAUUGAGUGUAAGGAAUCGAGAAUAGGGAAAAAUCCAAUUGAAGUACCAUCAAAUGUGACAAUCUUGCUGGAAGGACAGGACUUGAAAGUUAAGGGUCCUCUUGGGGAGCUGUCUAGGACUUACCCACGUGAGGUCAAAGUUGAGAGACAAGACAGUGUGUUAAAGGUGACUAAGGCAAUGGAUACUAGAAGAGCUAACCAGAUGCAUGGGUUAUUCAGGACUCUUACUGACAACAUGGUCGUUGGUGUCUCUAAAGGGUUCGACAAGAAACUUCAACUUGUUGGGGUUGGAUAUCGAGCUCUGUUGGAAGGUAACGAAUUGGUAUUAAAUCUUGGGUUUUCACACCCAGUUAAAAUGCCAAUUCCGGAUGGAAUUCAAGUAAAGGUUGAAGAGAACACCAGAAUAACCGUCAGUGGCUAUGACAAGUGUGCAAUUGGUCAGUUUGCUGCUUCAAUUAGGAAGUGGAGACCCCCAGAACCAUAUAAAGGUAAGGGAGUUAAAUAUGCUGACGAGAUCGUUAGAAGAAAGGAAGGAAAAGCUGGGAAGAAGAAGUAGAGAGCUCUGGUAUUUUAAAGUUUUUUCUGCAAUUUUAUGUUGUAAUCCAACUGCUCAUCUAAAUGUUACAGUUGUAGGAUACUUUUGCGUUAACUGACUAUCCUUUUCUAUGGUGUUCGAUGAAAUAUACUGAGUUGUUUGCAACUUCUGUUAUCUAUUCAUGUUAUACCUGCAUAUGUAUUGAUUACAGUAA